AUGGGACCCUCCAAUAAGUAUAUUGGUAUUGGCUUUGUAUCAAUGGAAUCUCAUCAUCCAUACAUAACAAAUUGGUUGAAUAGAGGAAGUCAAAAUUGUAACCACGAGACGAUGGACCGUUUCAAAUCAUCGAGUGGAUCAAUGGCAAUGCAUACAAAGUGGAUUUACCUGCAUCAUUGUGGUAAAGGUCGUAAUGCUAGAGGAAUCAUUCCUGCAAGGCAUAGAGGGGGAGGUCAUAAGCGUGUAUACCGUAAAAUCGAUUUUCAAUGGAAUGAAAAAGACAUAUAUGGUAGAAUCGUAGCCACAGCAUACAACCCUAAUCGAAAUGCAUACAUUUGUCUCAUAUACUAUGGGGAUGUUAAGAAGAGAUAUAUUUUACAUCCCAAAGGGGCUAUUAUUGGUGAUACCAUUAUUUCUGGUGCAGAAUUUCCUAUAAAAAUGGGAAAUGCCCUAUCUUUGAUUGUUGUUUGA